GAGCAACCGCGAAUGUUCCCGAAUGUCUACAGGUGCAGUUUUUCAGAGACACGGUCGACUGGUCAGCACGCCUGUCCCGAGUCCACGAGCUGUGAUUCGUCAUUACUCUCGCUAUAGGAAUCGAUUUCACUGAAUCCAGCGUUCCUGAGGAGUAUAUCAUUUCGCGGAGAUCGAUUUCUCAUUAUCGAUAUUAUGCGCUUGUCCAUAAAAGGCUAUCAGUGAGUGAAUGUUGAUUUACCACGACUCCAAAAUAGACGGGGGCUGGCCUAUUGCGUUGUGGCGAGGUUGUAUUUUCGGUUUAGCGCAGAUCGUGUCAGUCAGUGUUGCGUCAAUGAUGGUAAACGACGUUCUGCUUUCACGGAUAUCUGGAGCUCAUAGUAUCAGCUGAUGAUAUGGGUGAUGUCAGUUUAAGCGUGGGUGAAUAUCAUGGCGCAAGAAAACAUAUCUGACAGCAUCUUAAGAGAAACUGCACUGGGCCCUUGUGACUCAACUUCACACUUUCUCAGGAAGAUUGAAGAUCAAAAGAGCGAGGUGGGAUCAACCGGCCCUACCUCCCCUCCCGUCGACGAUAUGGGCGGGGCCAGCUUGGAGGCGUGGUCACCGUAUUCUACUCCACCUCCCCUCAGUUAUAUGGGCGGGCCCAGCUUGGAGGUGGAGUCACCGUAUACUACCCCUCCUCCGCUCAGUCAUAUGGGCGGGCCCAGCGUGGAGGCGGGGUCACUUCAAACGGAACAGCGUGUGCCCUCGUCUUCUCACGUGCUCUGUGCGGUACGACACAAGGUGAUGAGCGAAAGGAGAGCCCGGGGCGAGGCGGACAUCAAAGUGGAAUUCACCACGCCGGUAAAGCAUGAGCUGACGGAGGAGGAGAAGGAGAAGAAGGCACGGAGGAAGAGGCAGAACAGGGAGGCCCAACACAGGAGUCGGCUGAAGAAGAAGAGUGGCCUGUCUCUGACUGACGCGGAACUGGACAGCUUGAUGAAGACCAACUCCGUGCUUCAGGCAGAGGUAGAACAACUCAAACGGACUGUGGAGAAUCUCAAGAGAAUUGAACAAGAACAUAUCAUGUCUGGCCAGUGUGUUCGUUAUCGCCAAGGCUACGUAGGUGAGUGCUCUGACAACCACGGAGACACCCCCCAUGCAGGACUUCCUGACCAAUACCCAACAGGGCAGGCCACUGGUCACGCCUACAGCCCAAUAAGUGACAGCGGUGGUAGUCCCUGCCCUGACCACCAGGUGACCGAUAUGAUGGACAGCCAGUGGAUGACGACGGCAAGGAAUCUAGAAUCCUUCUCCGUUGGACCCCAAGCAAACAUGGACGAACCUGGAUACCCGGGGUUCAAGGUCGAAGGAUGUGACGCUCGGCCCAGUUGCCAGGCAGAUCUCUGUAGCCAGAUGUACAACAGACAACACUCAGACAGAAGCAUGUCGGGUGGGAGCUUACGGGUUGACGCUUGGCUCAAUGUCGGCGUCGACAGAGACACUCCAGAUAUUCCGCACGACAAUGUCACCCGUUACUCCACAUACCAGGCCAGUGACCACGUGAAACAAGAAGGGGAAUGUAGGCCUUUAGGGGAAAUUGGCAUCCCGUCACUGGACAACAUCUCACUGGACCAGCUGAUACCAGCGAAUAUAGAUUUAUCGAGAUAUUUCUCCACACAACGCAACUGACAACGUGCCACGUGUAUUGUAAUUGUGGGAAGUGUCCACGCUCUGUGCCAAAACUGCUGCCCACAAUCAGGCUGAGACGUUUGCUUGGUUUGGAUGGAAGGAUGGCGAAAGCUGAAGUGAGCGUAUCUCGUUCCACAUACAUCUGAUUCACCAACACAACACUGACACACGGCUAACUACUGAAGGUACCACGUUGUGUUCAACCUUGAGAACUGACGGACAAAAGAAAGUAUACACCCAUGGUUGAUGGAUGCUCAACAAACAACAACUGGCUUGUCUUGGACGAAUUGUUUGAUACGGGUAUUACAGCUGUAUUGUGAACCUAUUUUCAGCUUCGCAACGCUUUGAUAAGGUUUCAAAUGUUUUGGUCGUAGCCAAUGUUCAAGUGCAUACUCUGGUCUGUCUAUCAUAGCGUAACUAAUUCAUUUGGUCAUUUACACAAUAAAAGGUGACUGAAUGUUUAAUACAUUAUUCAUUUCAGAUCACGUUAAAUAAUGUCUAGAGGAAUCAGUACACAAGUUCCUUAUUCCUGAGACAAAUAGUUUAUGAGAUUCUAGCUUAUGAAAAGCAUUAAAAUCCAAACUAAGCAAGCCAAUCUGAUCUCUAAUGCUCAGGAAUUAUUACCACUUAAAAGGUGUCUGCUCAGGAAGCCGACCUUUCGAAUUUUAUAAGGCUCAAUAAUAAUCUUUAUUUGCACGAGGCCACAGGCCUAUAGUACAUGUAUACUGACUACAUGUAUAUUGUUCUUAGGCAGUAGAGAGAACAUUUCUCCUGUGGAGAAAGGCAUGGUAUCAGUUCGUGUGAUAUAUUUGUGUGUCAGGGUGGGACCAGGCGUCUUCCAGGCCGUCGGUGGCUGAUGUAGGGGACAUGCUGCUGAGAUUAUUCGACAGAGGAUGUGUAAUAGCUCACUAGGAUAUGUAUCCUACUUGCUGUAUCGUAAUCAGUUAGAUCAUAUCCUAUAUUUUGCUUUGUUUGAUGUUUGCCAGCAGUAUGAAUUUAUUCAUGUUUUCUCCCAUUAUUCAGUAGUCGUGUACAGUGAACUCACUACUGAAUGACAUUUAUUCAGCGCUCAAGAGGACACGUGACACCACUGUUGAUGCAAUAUGUAAUGUGGAAAUACUGACUGAGUUUGUUACUGUGUACAUAUAUUUAUUGUGAUAUUGACCAGAUCUCCAAAUCACAUGACGCUCUGGUUCUGUUGAUGACAUGAUCUCCGUUUGUCGUAUCCUCAUAAACAUGUAUUGCGCGAUUGCAGCUACGCACGAUGUCAAAUAUACAUACUUCCAAUAAACCAUUGAAAACAGA